AUGAAAAGCUCACCAGAACUUUCAGAUGACGUGGCACCAUCAACAACAACGAUCUCAGAGUCAUUGGUCGUCACAUCUUCAGAAGACGUGACCGCUUCCUUAGUGGCCACUGAAAACUCACCAGAUCCUUCAGAAGAUGAUACUAGUUGUCCAUUAGACGGUGCGUCGAUUUCCAUUGGCUGGACAGAACCAGUUGCCAUUUCUCCUGGUGGUUCAGCUGUCUCGCCUCCGGUUAACGGGGGACUUGGAUUCAUCGCUUGA